UCAAACUUCGAUCUAUCUCACCAGGCCUGCGGAUCCCUUCAGCUUACCGUCGCCGCCCGGUAGCAGCGGAUCAGCGAAGCACCUUCUCUGCUCCAGAACACCGUCGACCUUCGUCGACAGCCGGCAACUCGAUGGCCUCCGCUUGUCCACACUCAUGAAUUACUCCACCCUUUAGUCGCCCAUUUUUCCCAAGACGUCCAACGAACAGCCAACCACUUGGCGUCAGCUUCCAGCAUGAGCGCCGUCAGAGAUAAGUCCAGUGACGUUUCCGAGCACCGUCGGCUCCUCCGUUGCGUGAACUGCGCGCGGGAGAUGCCCUCGCUCUACGUCCAAUACUCGCCUGGCAACAUCCGUUUGAUGAAAUGCGAAUACUGCAGGGCCGUUGCUGAUCCCUACAUCGAGUGCGAAUUUAUGAUAAUUCUGAUAGAUUUGAUCCUUCAUAAGAGGAAAGCCUAUCGGCAUUUGCUGUUUAACAUGCUGAACUUAGGUGGUGAUGACAAGGAAGUUGUAUGGAAGUCAAGCUUACUUUAUUUUAUUCUAGAUGUGUGCAGGUAUUAUCUCUUAAAGAGUAGUGAAGCUUGUUUUGAUUCAUCCACACACAUUAUGAUGUCAAUUUUGACAUGCGGAAAGGUAUUAUUGAAUGUUAUAUUGGGAAAUUUGAUAUUUAUGUCUGCUCUUUUUCUGGGAACUAGGUUUCUGCUUAAGUUAUCAUUUAACACAGUCAGCUACAGCCAAAUCCUUCUGGCAGUUCUUAUCUCAACUUACUUCAGAUUGUAUUUGAUUGCAAUGUUGGUCUGGGAAUUCCCGUCUUCUGUUCUUUACAUUAUUGACCUACUUGUUCUAUCAUCAAAUGCACUGGCUUUGGGAGUGGUAACAGAGUCGCAGACUGCUGGAUGUCUCAUAGUGUGCUUGGGAGCGCACGUAGCUAAAUUCUUCAGUAAUCAUUGGCUACUUCAUCUACUAUCCGGCCCAUCUUAGAUAUCUUUUGAGGCUUUAAUUGCUGUUACUUUGUUCUCUACAACAAUCCUGUUAUUGUGAUAUGACCUCCCUAUAAUUUUGCAUUAGCUACAUGAUGUUGAUUAUUCAGUAUGCAUGAGAGACUAUUAAAUGUAGGCAAAUGCCAAGUUGAUCAAGUAUCACUACAGUAAUACAAGCACUGGAUGCAGUCUUUUAUUUAUCAAUUCGGAACAUUAAAAAGGUUAUGCAGAUGCUCAUCCUAACUGCAUAGCCCUUGUCUCAGUUUGAUGGAUGGAGGCGACACAUACUUGAAAGUGAGGAGGUGGGACACAUGAAGACAACUGAGGAGAGAUUUGGAAGAGACAGGAAUAUCUCUUGGAUUGGUAGUAAAGCUAGCCAUGGCCUUUCGAGUACAUGAUGCUUCAAAAGGGAUCCAUCAACAACAAAACCCUAUAAGACUUUACUGCAUGUAGCAAAUUGGGGCAAAGUUCAAGCUACCCCACACUUCGCGGUCAUAGUAAACAGUCGAAAUAGAUCUUUACUGCUACUUGUCUUUGGAUACUCUGCAUCAAGCUUCCCGACAUGGAGUUAGCUGUAAUCAUGCAAAUGCACUGUUUGAAGGCUAAGGAAACAGUACGGAUGACCUACAACAUAACACCAUCAAAUGCAUGUAUGGGCAUACGACGACAGAACUGAUUGGAUGUUUAUAUAUAUAACUACUAAACCCCAAACAAAAUUAAUCUUUCCGAGCAUCUCUUGUUGAAAUUUCUUUUCAUGAUGUACAGAAAAACAAACCGGUGAAACAGUACAAGAUAAGAACAAACACAAUAAUGUAAUUCUGGCUG